GUACACCAAAUGCGCUACGUUUUCUAGAAUAGCGGCAACAAUUAAUUUUAAAAGGACGAUAUACGUGUUUCCGCCCCAAUUCCGUUGCAGCAACCAACAAUUGAUGGAGAAAAAUAAUUAAUUUAUUGUAAUUCUUUUGAGAAGGACAAUCGAUAGUUACCGCAGCCCUGGCGAGCUGUGUCAUGCAGUCUGACCGUCGCGUACAACGCUUUCACUGACUCAGUAGACACAACAUUAAUAAAUCGGAAAAUAUCACAAAGAAUUCGUUGAAAAAUAAUCAAAAUUGUCGUGAAAAUCGGGCGAAGUAUCGCUGUAAGCUAAUGUGCCGUUCAGACAACGAGUGAGAAUCCAGUUCAGAGAAAAAAAAGAUACGGGAACAACGACAGGCAGCAAACAAAAGCAGCGAGGCGAGUGCGAGUGCGUUCAGCCACUUCACUCGGAUGUGGCACAGUCUACAAAAUUUCUUGUGCAUCACGUUCUGUGGCAGCCGCCGUCGGGCAGCAGCAGUGACAGUGGUAAUUUGUGCGACGUUGAUUUUGUAAGCUCCUAAAGCGCAGACGACAUUUUUUGUCCGUCUAAAGAGUUGCUCCAUUGAUUGCAUUUGCGGACUGGGCUAUUGGCACCUCGAUGUGUGCUUGUUGCGGUUGAAAGGUCACUCAGUAACAACGACACGUAACGCCGAGAGGUUCAAGGACACGCGGCGCAGCUUUCGCGCAGAGUGUCGACGGCCUCGAAACAGCCGCAGCGCCCGCGAAAAGCGGAAGCCGAAGCCCCACGCCCGUUGGAGGCUGAGAAGUUGCUUCAGGCAUUCGAAUCGGGUAUCCAUCUGGACAAAGGCACAUACGAGGUUCCAGUUCACAGCCGCGGCCAUGGCUGUCAAGCAGAACAACAGCGAGUCCAACGACGCCACCGAUGGGGUCAACUCUGCCUCCGGCGGUGCCUCAAACGGCGCCAUGCCACCCAAUGGUAAGCAACCAACAGCCAACAACAUAAAGAUCUCCGACGAUGAUGGCGGCGCCGAGAGCAUGGACACGAAUGGCACCAACCCCGACGAAGCUAGUGAUGUUGGCGGCCAAACACUGAACACGCUCACAAAGCGGGACAUACAGGCGGUGCUGAACACUCUGCAGAGUCUCAAUCAGGCGGAUCAGGCGCACAGUGUGCUGACAUUCUACGAGCGGAUGAUCUUUGAGCUGGCUCGCAUGAAGCCGGGCACCACGAGCGAGGAUCUAGUGCGCUUCAAAGAGGAGGCGGUGAAAUUUGGCAAUAUCCUUGCCAGAGCAAGUGAGAAGAACUACCUCAUGUUCUUCCUUCGCGUCGUCUACGAACUGAUCACAAAGUCCGGCGAGGCGGGCCCCUCCUAUGCCGUGGCCGUUGUCUUUCAGUUGUUCAAGCCUCCCCUCAUCAGCGAGGCCGUGCAAUCGCUGCUGGACACGAAUGUCGAGGACGCGAGCAUACGCAAGACGGUGGUCCUGCUUUGCGAAUGGAUCUGUGUGUGCAACUUCUGUCCGAACCUCAAUCUCUGGGUGAUGGCCCUGCUGACAGGCUUGCGCGAUCAGGACAAGCGUGUGCUCCUCGACGACAUUGCAUUGGACUCCAUCGAAAAGCUAUUCAAAGUGCUAAUACUACCCGCCAUGCGGCCAAAGGCAGCUCCGAUAGUGUUUCACAUGCUGUCAACCAUCAAUCAGACACCAGAAAUAUUCCGCAAGAUAUUGCCACGCGUACCCAAGGUGCUGAACUGUCUGAAGCAGCAGCAAUUAAACAACACGGACGAGUUCAACGUGGAGACGCGCCAGUGCAUGCAGCAGUUGGUGGACCUAACCAGUGCCCUGAUGCUGCGAUUCAACGAAAACAGCGAUCUCUAUGCAAACGUCAGGGUGGCCAUGCAAAUGUAUGAGCCGUCGCCAAAUUGCGGAGCUAUGGCCCGGGCCAUGCACGAGAACGCCCUGCCCCCGGGACGGCGCAAUGCCAGGGUGGGACUGGUGAAUCUAGGCAACACCUGCUACAUGAACAGCGUACUCCAGGCCCUGGCCAUGACCAGCGAUUUCAGCCGCCAGAUACUGCUGGUGCAGAGCGAUUCGCUGCUGCUGCUGAAGGUGCAGCAACAGAUUGCCCUAAUGCAUCACUCGAUGCGGUAUGAGCUGACGCCGACGCGAGUUCUGAAUGCGACCAGACCGCCUGGCUUCACUCCGGGCCUGCAGCAGGACAGCUCCGAGUUCCUAGGCUAUCUGCUCGACCUGCUGCACGAGCAAGAGAUCAACAAAGAUGGAGGCCACAGUCAGCAUGGCAAGAACGUCGAUGUCCCUGGCGAGCUGAGCGAUGAGAUUCUGUCCAGCGGGGUCAUACCCUACAACAGCAAUGACCGCGAGAUCGCUGGCAGCAGCAGCAGUAGCAGCAGCACCAGUGCCAGUCACAAGCCCACUUCGACACCCACCAAAGGCACAAAUAGUACACAGCCACAGCAACAACAGCAGCCAAAGAAGCCAACAUCAACCAUUGACAAGACGUUCACCGGCAAACUGUCGACGACGUACAAUUGUUUGGACUGCAGCUGGGAGAGCCACAUCGAGGACAGCUUCCGUGAGCUGCAGCUCUCGUUUCCGGAUGACAAGGACGACUGCAGUGUCAGCAACUAUUCGGUUCAAGACCUGAUCGAGUACUACUGCUCGCCGGAAAAGCUGGACGGUGAAAACCAAUAUUUUUGUCCCCGCUGCAAGAAGCUCUGCGAUGCCGAUCGCCGCAUCGGGGUGACAGAGGCGCCGCGCAAUCUCGUCCUAACCCUCAAGCAGUUCAAGUACGAUCAGAAGUACCAUUUUCGCACCAAGCUAAUGCACAAGGUGUUCCACGAUGAGAGUCUCGUGGUUAAGAUAUGCUCAUCCGAUUCGCUGCAGGAGCAGUCGGCCGUGUACUAUGAGAUGUACGCAGGCGUCGUGCACUCGGGCUAUCACAUGGACUCUGGCCAUUACUUCACAUUUGCUGCUGACCAGUCGAGGAACUGGUAUAAGUUCAACGACAGCUUUGUGACCCAUUCGCAGUCCGAGGAAAUGCACAACCUCACCUCGCCCAACACCCCCUACAUACUCUUCUACAAAAUGUGCGGACGCUCGCAUGAGUCCGGCCUGGCUGGCACCGAAACGGUGUCAGUGCCCCAAGUCCCACCGCUCACCCUCCAGGAGCUGCCGAGCUCACUGCGCGACUAUGUGAAUAAGGAAAACCGGGCGUAUAGCGAGGAGUUGCGCUCACAGCGAUUUCAGGGCAGCAACGGUGCCAACGGCCAUGGAUUUGUGACGCGCAACGGCUAUGAUGGCGACGACGAGGAUGAUCGGGCCCCACCGCCCUCUGGCGGUUGUGGAGGCAACGAUCUGGGCAUGAAUGUGAAUCGCUUUGUCUACUGAGGAGGUGCCAACGGCAGCGCGGCAGCUGGAGUCGGGGAGGUGCAGGCAGGCAACUAGAGCGGAAACAUAUAUAUGUCUAAUUUAUAAUCACGCGCAUGCUAAACUUAAUGUUAUAUAUAUAUAUAUAUAUUCCCAGUACAUAUUUUGAUAUAUACCGAUGUAUAUAUCUUGCCACAGAUUCGCUAUAACAGUUAGGUGUGUGUGUGUGUGUGUGUGUUUGUAUGUGUAUUUAUGUGUAUGUGUGUGCGUGGAAAGCGGUAUAAGCUUUCUUACUCCCCCCUCGGUCGCUCUGGCAGCCUGCGAUCCCAUUGUUGUCCAUGUUCCUUAACCCGCAGAUGCGGACGCCCUCAAACGAACCCUCCAUCCCCGACGACACACACAAAACUACUGAGAAUGUACGAGAAGUAUUUCCAUUUACAAAAUUGUUAUGAUUUUUUUGUUUUUGUUAACACAAACCUAGCUUUAGGACGAGCAUAUACAUAUGCGUACGCGAAGAACCGAACAUAUAAAAAAUACACAGAUAACUAUGAAAUCCAUCUGAAUUAGCCAGAGAUGAAUUAUAACCAAAACCCAAUAUCAAAGUUCCAUCUCUGGCCUGCAAAUCUGUAAACGAAACCAAUCUGUAUGACCAUUUCCUUAGUUUUGAUGUAUCUCGAGUUGGAAUUGAGUGGUUGGAAAUGAUCCGAAUGGAGGGGCUGCGGCUGACUAUCAGCUACAGCCUGAAGGACUUGUAUAAAUAGUUACGCGAGAGUGCAUUCAAAACCUAUCCAAAUUCUAUUACCAUUUGUUCUUUGAAUUUGAAACGAAUUUUUCAUAGAUACAUGCAUACAUACAUAUAUCUCCUUAAGAUCUGGUGAGCAGAGAAAUGCGAUUUUAGUUUCUUUGAAUAUUAUUGCAAUUAAAUUGGGAUAAUUUCAAUGACGAUAACCUAAAUCUCUACUAUACUAUAUGUUAUAAGUGUAUUAAUAAAAAACA